GUCACAAGUGACAACUGACAACUGACAAGUGUCGUUUCUAAACUAAAGCUUAAAGCAUUGUUUCGUAUUGAGGUUAAUACAAUAUUUUUGAAGAUUUAACUAAUUUUAUUAUAUUGAUAGUCAUCCGUAUAUAAAUGCAAUAAAGUUUUCUCUUUAAUAUUUCAACAUUUAAUGUGAUUAUCCUAUUAAUAUGGCGGUAGCUUACGGUAUACAUUUGGGAAAUAGUUCCGGUUGUCUAGCAGCCUUCAACAAUGGCACCUCUUCCGUUCUCGCAAAUGAUGCUGGAGAUAGAGUUACACCAGCAAUUGUAGCUCUCAAUGGUUCAGAGUGGGAGGUAGGAUUACCAGCAAUAUCUGGACAAGCAUCUUCAAAAGCAAUUAUCAAACAUAACAAAAGGCUUAUGAACUGUGAUUGGGUUGAAGAAGAUUUAGCUUUCGUUGAGUCUUCAUCUUCGUGUCGUAUACAAAAUGAAGACAAGUUAGUUUAUGAAUUUGAGACAAGUGAAACUAAGUUAUUUUCUAACCCAGAUAAUAUAGCUACAAAGAUAUAUGCAAAGCUUUUUACAAUUGCUAGUCAUUCCGUAAAAGAUGAAGGAGAUUUAAAAUUAGUGCUAGCUGCCCCAUUACAUUGGUCUCACGCCAGCCGAGAAAUAUUGACGAAAUGUGCAGAAUUAGCUGGUUUUGAUGUUUUACAAGUAAUUAGUGAACCUGCUGCUGCUCUCUUAGCUUACAAUAUUGAAGAGAGUCCUGAAGAUGUGAAUGUGCUAGUUUAUAGACUUGGUGGUUCCACUUGCGCUGCAUCAAUCAUCAAAGUAUCAGGCGGAUUCAUUAGUAUAGAGAAAAAUAUAUUUAGAUCAGAUCUUGGUGGACAAAGUUUGACAAAAGAGUUGGCAGUCUAUAUAGCUCAAGAAUUUAGACAAAAAUGGAAAUUAGACCCACAGGAAAGUCGUAGAGCCAUGGCAAAACUAUUAACGCAUGCUGACAAUUGUAAGCAUGUGCUAUCUACAUUAAAUUCAGCACAUGUAUUCAUAGAAUCGUUAGUAGAAGGUGUCGAUUGCAGCCAGAAUGUUACAAGGGCUAGAUUUGAGAAUAUAUUAUCAUCAAAAAUAUCUGCAUACCUCGAGCCAGUACAAAAAGUAAUAGAGAGUUUUGAUGGAACAAUCAACAAAAUUGUGUUAUGUGGUGGAAGUAUGAAGAUUCCCAAGCUUCAGACGGCAAUUGCAAAUUUGUUGCCAAAUGCUGAGGUUUUAUCUGGUAUCAAACCUGAUGAAGUGAUAGCCGUGGGUUGUGCCAAGCAUGCUGGCAUUAUAUUAGACUUUCCCAAUUCUUCUUUAACAGAUGUCAAUACUGAGGUAGAAUUUUUGGGAAAGGACAUAUAUCUUAAAUAUUUAAAUCAAACUGUUAAAUUAUUCAAAGAAGGUACAGCACCAUAUACCCAGUAUUCUUGUGAUAUAGAUUCAAGUAAUGAUGUUAAAAAUAUGAGUUUUACGCUACAUGCUGAUCCAAAUGGUGAGGAAUUUGCAAGGGAAGAAUUUAAUAUAGAAAAUUUAAAUAAGCCUUUUAAACUAAAGGCUACAUUACAAGAAUCGAAACUUAUGUUACAAGUGGAAUAAUGUUUAUUAUUUAAAUAUCAUACAUAUUAUAUAAUAAACUGUAUAAAAAAUU